CAUUUCCUGGGGGUGGCGUUUCAGACCAGUCUCUGCAAUGAGAGGAAAGACCGAUUUUUCACUAGUCUUAUCAGCAAUUCCGAUUGCAUGCAAAUCCGCAGCGUCACUCCUGUGAAAGAAAGAAAGAAAGAAAGAAAGAAAAAACCGAGGGACCAUUGCACAUUCCUCCUCACGGGAGAACCAAGCCGUUUUCCUUUGAGUCCCCGCUUUUGCAACAAAGUAGCAAACCAGAUGCAUUAGAUCUGGCUGCGCCCAAAGGUCUAUGCAUGUGGUUUAUAGCCUCGAAGUUUAGAAACAGGUUUUGUUAAUAACUUUCUGUUAGUUAUAUUGUUUUCUGAGAUUUUAUUUGCCGUCACCAUGGGCACAAAGUGGAGACGGACUGCAGACUUUUCCUGUUGGGCAUUAAUAUUGGUCGCGGUUUUGUUCAAAAGCUGUCAUGGAAGUUGUGCGGAGAAAGAGUUGGAAAGCAGGGAAGAAGAAGCGAAUGUUGUUUUAACUGGAACUGUUGAAGAAAUCAUGAACAUGGAUCCAGUACACAAUACUUAUUCUUGCAAGGUGAGAGUCUGGCGCUAUCUAAAAGGCAAGACAACAGUGACCAAUGAAAUUCUCCUGGACGGCGGGAACAAAGUCAUGAUUGGAGGAUUCGGGGACCCUGGGAUCUGUGACAAUCAGGUGUCCACCGGCGACACGCGGAUUUUCUUUGUCAACCAGGCUCCUGAAUAUAUGUGGCCUGCUCACAAGAACGAGUUGAUGCUGAGCUCCAGCCUGAUGAGGAUUACUCUGAGGAACCUGGAGCAGGUGGAGCACUGCGUGGAAGAUCACAGGAUGCGUAUUGCUGAUAAGCCAGUUCACUUUACAUCACCCCAGCCAGCAGAUGUGUGUCGAGGCAUGCUGUGUGGGUUCGGAGCGGUAUGUGAGAAGGACGUGGCUGAUCCAUCCAAAGGAGAGUGCGUCUGUAAGAAAGUCUCUUGCCCAUCUGUGGUGGCCCCAGUCUGUGGAUCCGAUUACUCUACCUAUUCCAAUGAGUGCGAGCUGGAGAAAGCACAGUGCAGCACACAGAGGAGGCUCAAGGUGAUCAAGAAGGGAGCAUGUGCUACAAAGGACCCUUGUUCUGAAGUGACCUGCAGUUAUGGCAGCACCUGUAUCCAGUCUUCUGACGGCCUGUCUGCCAAGUGUAUGUGCCCGAUCUCCUGUACCAGGGAGCCAGAGAAGGUGGUGUGUGGCAGUGACGGCAAGGACUACAGGAACGAAUGUGAGAUGAACGAGUUUGCCUGCGACCACCAGAAGAACAUCAACAAGCAGUUUGAUGGCCCUUGUGACCCCUGUAAAGAUAACCAGAACAACCGGGAUGAGGGUUGCCGUGUGAUUCCCAGGAGCCGGCAGAUUGUGAGAUUCCCUUUGCCGGAGAACUGCCCCCCCAUAAAAGAGCCACUGUGUGGGAGCGACGGGACCACCUAUCCGAAUGAGUGCAGCAUGCUGCGCACUGCCAGUCAAAGGGGCAUUCAGCUUUUCAAAGUCCGCUCUGGCUCCUGCCAGCCUCAGGAUAAGUGCAAGGAGGGAUGUAAAUACAACGCCGUAUGCCUUAACCGCAAACCGGCGCCCCGCUGCUCCUGUGAGCCCAUUGAGUGCGACGGCACCUACAAACCCAUCUGCGGCCGAGACAGCAAGACCUACAGCAACGACUGCCAGCGCCAAAAGGCAGAGUGCAUCCAGAAAACGCACAUUCCAGUGAAACACGAGGGGCCUUGCGACCUCAGUGCCCCAAGCCCCUGCCAUAAAAAGACCUGUGAGUUUGGUGCCAUCUGCGUGGUGGAGAACGGCAAGCCGGUUUGCGAGUGCCCGGGUGUGUGCCCUCAGGUUCAGGACCUGGUCUGCGGAGAUGACCACCACACCUACAGCAGCCUUUGUGAGAUGAAUGCCAUGGGCUGUGCCUCCCUGAAAAAAAUUAAACUCAAGCACAAGGGACCUUGCAAACUCUGCGGCAAGUGCCAGUUCGGUGCUAUCUGCGAGUCUGAGACUGGCAGGUGUGUGUGUCCGACUGAGUGUGUGGCUUCCAACCAGCCUGUGUGUGGCACCGACGGCAACACCUACCAGAACGAGUGUGAGCUGCAUGUGCGAGCCUGUACCCAGCAGCAGAACAUUCAAGUGGCCGGGCAGGGAGAGUGCAAGACCUGCGGUACAGUAACCUGCUCCUUCGGUGCCCAGUGCAUGAACAAUCGCUGUGUGUGUCCCCGCUGUGAUAAGCAGUCCUUCGCCCCAGUCUGUGGCAGCGAUGGCAUCACCUACGACAACCCCUGUGAGUUGCAAGCCGCCUCCUGCCAGCUCAAGAAGAAGAUUGAAGUCUCCCAAUCUGGAAGCUGUGAUGAAGAAUGUGGCUCUAGUGGUUCUGGUUCAGGAGAGGACAGCGUGUGUGAGCAAGAGCGAUGCAAGAGGUUCGGAGGCUCCUGGGAUGAAGACACUGAGGACGACCGCUGUGUCUGCGAUUUCUCCUGUGACAACGUCCCCCGAAACCCGGUCUGCGGAAGUGAUGGAAAGACACACAGCAAUGAGUGUGAGCUGAAGAAGACACGCUGUGAAGAACAAGACGAUGUUCAAGUCAUGAACCAGGGGCCCUGCGAGGCUGUUCCUGCACCUUUAUCCCCCACAGCGAUGAGCCAGCACUGUAGCCAAACAGUUUAUGGCUGUUGCCUUGACAACAUGACUGCUGCCCUUGGAGUUGGCCUGGCAGGCUGCCCCAGUACCUGUCUGUGUAAUCAGUAUGGGUCGUAUGGGGGUACCUGUGACCCCAGCUCUGGUCAGUGCUCUUGUAAACCAGGAGUGGGUGGACAGAAGUGUGACCGCUGUGAACCAGGAUUCUGGAAUUUCCGGGGAAUCGUCACGGAAAACAAGAGCGGCUGCACCCCCUGUAACUGUGAUGCCACUGGCUCAGUCCGAGACGACUGUGAACAGAUGUCCGGGCUGUGCUCCUGCAAGACAGGGGUGGUUGGCAUGAAAUGCAACCAGUGUCCAGACGGCAGAGAAAUGGGAGUGAAUGGCUGCGACAAAGGUCCCUCUGCUGUCGCAUCGUGCGCCGGGGUGCAGUGCGAGUUCGGCGCCUCCUGCGUGGAGGUUAAUGGGAAUGCUUUUUGCGAAUGCCCUUCAUCUGACUGUGACGAAAAAUACAAGACCAAGGUCUGUGGUUCAGACGGAGUGACCUAUGGGGACCAGUGCCAGCUGAAGACUAUUGCCUGCCGACAGUCCAUGAAAAUUACCAUUAAACACACAGGGCAGUGCAGAGAAAACAUCCCUCAUGGAUCGAGUGCUGUUCCCACAUCCACCACCUCCACUCCCACAACCCGCGCCAAACGACCAACCACCACCCUCUCAGUUCCCUUUGAAGAAGAGGAGAAGGAGGAGGAGGACGUUGUCACCGCCACUGCCUCUCAGGUCCUUGUUGAAGCAAUGCCAGUGUUAACCACCAGCGCUAGCAGGCUGACCACAAGACCUCCCAGCACCACCAAAUCACCCUCCCGCUCCACCAAGCCACCCCGCCCCACCCCCCUUUCUGGGGUGGUACCCCCGAGCGGGGUGGGUCCCUCUCCGUUCGGUGGUGGCACCGCUCGCCCCACCACCAGCUCUCCCACCGUCACCCCCUCCCCAUCAACUCUCUCCUUCGAGGACUCAGGCAGCGGGGAACACAGCGGGGAACCCAGCGGGGAUGAUGAUCUUGAGGCUAGCGGAGCAACCGAAGCUAGCGGAGACGAGCCUAUCGAACCUACUGUCGAGGUUCGCCCCACGACGACUGCAAGCCCAGCAGAGAGGUCACCCUGCGACAAUACAGCCUUCGGGUGCUGUCCUGACAGCAAGACCACUGCCACCGAUGCAGAGGGAGCCAACUGCCCUCCAACCAAGGAGUUCCAUGCAGUCCUCAUCCUGGAGGAAGUGGAAGGUCAGGAAGUAUUCUACACCCCCGAGAUGGCUGACCCCAAGUCAGAGCUGUUUGGAGAAACGGCCAGGAGCAUUGCGAGUGCACUCAACGAGCUGCUGAGAAAGUCUGACGUGGAGAAAGAUUUCAAGAGCGUCCGUGUCCGAGACCUAGGCCCGAGCGGCUCCAUACGAGCCACAGUGGAAGCCCACUUUGACCCCGCAACCACCUACACUUCCCAGGAUGUGCAGAAGGCCCUCCUCAAACAGCUGAAGAUGUCCAAGAAGAAGGCCAUUGCUAUUAAGAAACCAGAAGAGGAGCAUAUCAGAGUCCUGGACUUCGACUGGGUACCAAAUCCAUUUGCCACAACCACCACAACAACCACAGCAGCCACCACUAUCCCCCCCCCCACCACCACCAUCACUACCACCAUCACCACCCGGAGGAGGCCAGCCACUACAGCACGCACCACCAGACGACCUUCAACGGCCAGGAGAGCCACCACGCCUGCCCCUACCACCACCAUGACCCCAACUCCCACUACCCCCAGCAAGGUGUUCUUUCCUUCCCGUCAGUCACCCUGUGAUUCCCAUCCCUGCCGACAUGGAGGAACCUGCGAGGAUGACAGCCAAGAUUUCACCUGCAUCUGCCCAGCCGGGAGAGGAGGGUCUGUCUGCGAGAAAGCUAUUAAAUACUACAUUCCUGCUUUUGGUGGCAAGUCUUACCUGGCCUUCAAGACUAUUAAGGCCUACCACACGGUGCGCAUCUCCAUGGAGUUCCGCACCUCUGAGCUCAGCGGCUUGCUGCUCUACGAUGGGCAGAACCGCGGCAAGGACUUCAUCUCGCUGGCUCUCGUCAAUGGCUUUGUGGAGCUCAGAUUCAACACCGGUUCAGGCACUGGCAUCAUCACCAGCAAGAUCCGGAUCGAGCCUGGUAAAUGGCACCAAGUGCUGGUGAACCGGAACCGGCGCAGUGGCAUGCUGUCUGUGGACGGAGAGCCGCACAUCAAUGGAGAGAGCCCGGCUGGAACGGACGGGCUGAACCUGGAUACAGACCUCUUCAUCGGGGGAGCCCCGGAGGACCAGAUGUCUGUUGUGCAGGAGAGGACUUCAGCUGCUUCAGGCCUUGUGGGCUGCAUACGCAUGCUGGACGUCAAUAACUUGGUCUACAAGCUCCAGGAGAAAGAGGGAGAUGUGUUGUAUGGCACUGGGGUCGGAGAGUGUGGCAACAACCCUUGCCACCCCAACCCUUGUAAGAACGGAGCUCUCUGCCAGGUGAAGGAGGCAGAGAUGUUCCAUUGCCAGUGCAUCAACGGCUUCUCGGGCCCUACCUGUGCUGACGAGCAUAACCCAUGUGACCCCAACAAGUGCCACUCUUCAGCCACUUGCCUGGUGCUGCCGGAGGGCGGGUACAAGUGUGAGUGCCCAAUGGGACGAGAGGGAAAGCAUUGUGAAAAAGAAAUACAUGACCAGACCAAGGCUUUCAUCCCAGAGUUCAAAGGGGAUUCUUACAUGGAGCUGAAUGGAUUGCACACCUUUGGAAUUGAUCUGAUGCAAAAGCUUAGCAUCACUGUGGUGUUCCUGGCAAAGGAUCUCACAGGCCUCAUCUUCUACAAUGGACAGAAGACAGACGGCAAAGGAGAUUUCAUCUCGCUGGCACUGAACGGCGGUCUGCUGGAGUUCAGAUAUGACCUCGGGAAAGGUCCUGCAGUGAUCAGGACUAAGAACAAGAUUCAACUGGAUGUCUGGAAUGUGGUAACUUUGGAACGAAACGGUCGUAAAGGAGUGAUAACUGUGAAUAAUGGGGAAGCGGAGAGAGGAGAGUCACCGAAAUCUCGCAAGGACCAGCAUACCGCUCUCAACCUGAAGCAGUCCCUGUUUGUGGGUGGAGCUCCUGAUUUCAGUACACUGGCCCGGGCUGCUUCUGUUAACAGUGGAUUCACUGGAGCCAUUCAAAAGAUUUCACUGAUAGGCAUUACAGUUCUGAAGAAGGAUUAUGUCCUGAAAGCCGUGGAUGUCUCAGUGUACCAUGCUCACCCCUGCUCUAAGAGCCCCAGUGUGUGUCACAACGGAGGGGUCUGCCAUCCCAAACUGGACUCCUAUGAGUGUGUGUGCCAGCAUGGCUUCUCCGGCACGCGCUGUGAGAACGCAAUCGUGGAGAAGUCAGCAGGAGAGACUGAAGCGAUCGCAUUCGAUGGCCAGACUUUCAUAGAAUAUCACAACGCGGUGACAAAGAGCCAAGUGACCAAUGAGAUCCCAGAUCCUGAAUCUCUGGACGAUCUUUUGGACCAAAGUGAGAAGGCCCUUCAGGUGAACAGCUUUGAGCUCAGUAUCAAGACAGAGGCCACGCAGGGUCUGAUUCUCUGGAGUGGCAAAGGAGUGGAAAGGUCCGACUACAUAGCCUUAGCCAUUGUGGAUGGGCAUGUGCAGAUGGCCUAUGAUCUUGGGUCCAAGCCAGUGGUCCUCAGAUCAACCGUCCCUGUCAACACAAACAAAUGGAUCAAAAUUAAAGCCAGCAGGGAACAAAGGGAUGGCACGCUACAGGUCGGCAAUGAAGCUCCUGUCACCGGAUCAUCUCCUCUGGCAGCAACGCAGCUUGAUACUGACGGAGCGCUCUGGCUUGGUGGACUGGAAAAGCUCUCUGUGGCUCACAAGCUUCACAAAGCCUACAGCACAGGCUUCAUGGGAUGCAUGAAGGAGGUGAUCGUGGACAGCCAGGAGCUGCACCUUGUGGAGGACGCUCUAAACAACCCCAAAAUAUUACACUGUUCGGCCAAAUAAUGAAUGCCGCCGCCCACCAUGUCUAUUGCUGUAAUUAUUUUCUAUUUUUGUAUACUUUUAUUGCUUUUAUAUUGGAAAAACUUUUUUUUUUUUUUCUGUUCUGUUGCAGAAUGUCAAGCUCCUCGAUUGUACACAAUCCAACCGAACAAGCAUCAUAGGUUGUACAAAAAUUGCAUUGCACAAACAUUAAACGUACUUGAACGUUCACGACGACAUUGGUGCUUCUGUUGGCUUCUUGUGGCUCCGUGGUUCGGUAUCCUAGUUGAGUAUUAGCCUAGCUAAGUUACCCUGUUUAACUGUGACUGGAAGCAAACAAGUAGAGGUAAUAACAGAACAGAACUAACACCAAAACGCUAAGGGGCCUGAGGAUCAAUACAUGACUGUGAUAACAAGUCCGGGCUGUUAAUGUUACUGUGGCUUUUUAAAUUUUAAUUUGUUUUAAUAAUAAUUUAAGUAUUAAACGUGUCUGUGACUUUUAGCUUACUGCUUUAUGUACGGUAAAUAAACUAAAUGAUGUUGGCUGUGUUAUUAUAAGAAUGCGUAUCUGAGAGUCAUUAAAUGUACAUCAAUUCAUAACGUCUCACAUGGCGAAGGUAUGUUGGUGCAAAGUAAAAGUGGACCCUUUGCAACUUAAAAAUGAAACUUAAACUAGGGGAUUUUAGCAAUAUACACAAGUCAUUGUCUGUCUAUCUUUUACAGGUCUUAAUGCAGUAUCCGUUUUUGAUGGAUUAUCCAAGUAUUAGCUCUCAAAUGCAUUUUAUUUUUUAAUUCUUGGUCGACAUAUGUAAUAAUAUUGUGUUAAAAAGAAAGCAUUCCGGGCAGUUAAACGUUCAACUAUAUCUCAAUAUAAAAUUCCAUUGGACUAUCACGUGGAAGCCUGCAACUGUGUAUAUUUUAGUACAUGCAGGAAUAUGGCUCUGCGAUUUCAUCUUGCCAACUGUGUGCUGUUUUGUCUGCUGGGGAAUCUUAGCCCUGCAUGUUUAUUUGGGUUAAAGACAUUCUUUUUUUUUUUCUUUUUUUUU